AUGAAGAAUCUCUUCACCGUCGUCAUAGCGGGCUCCCAGUAUUUGCUUCAUCCUCAGAAAUUGGGCACAAUUGAGGAGACCAUCAAUCCCGAUGCGCUUAUUCCCGUCACUCUCCUCACGACAACUGAGAUCAAUACGGAUCUGGAGGGCAUCCUGCAGUUAUUUGCAACAGUAGACGAUGUCUUUCAGCCUGACUUUGGUGGCAUCCUGGUAGAGAAGCCUGAGAAGAACAAGACGAUUGGUUUUGUCCAUAAUCCAGCACCCCGCAGCAGAGCUCUGUUCAGUUUGCAGCGACCCGAGGUUGAGGUUGCUGCUUUUGAAGAUUUGCCUUCGGGUCCGUAUUUUCUGCAUGGGCCAAAUCUUUACCAGGCAUGGAGACUGUACGAUGAUUUCUUGGAUGCAUUCACUUUUGGAGUGAUUCCCAAUAGUAUCAAUGGUACUGACGACGGGUUCGAAGCGCUGUCAUCACUCUCUGACAAUGGUUCAUCGAAGUCGAUUGCCGUGCCAUCUCGGCUCUAUCACGCUGCACCGUCAAUUCGAAAGCCGCUUUCUGGAGUCCGCAUUUCCAUCACGGACGCCGCAUCGCUGAAAGGUGUGCAGACAACUCUGUCGAGCCGGUCCUGGUCUCAGCUGUAUGGCACUGAAGCUUCUGAGACGGCAGAAUUCGUCCAGAAACUAAUUGACAUGGGCGCCAUAAUCGUGGGCAAGACUAAAUCAUCGCAGCUGGAUUCGGGGAGAGAAUGGGUAGAUGUGGCGGCUCCGUGGAAUCCAAGAGGGGAUGGUUAUCAAGAUUCUGGUGGAAGCGGUGCUGGUGCGGGAGCAAGUGUUUGCGGCUAUGACUGGAUGGAAUAUGCCAUUGCGAAAGACUCUUUUGAGGGAGUUCGUGAGCAGGCGCGUGUUCAUGGUGUAUAUUCAAUCAGAGCCUCUGCCCAGGCUGCAUCUCUGCAGGGAUGGAGAAAUGACUCGCAGGAUUAUGCUGCAAUUGGCUUGCUGAAUCGCAACUUACACCACCUGCUCAGUAUUGCUCAGCUCACAUUGAACACAUCAAACGCGAACAUGCCAUUUCCUAAGCGCAUCAUAUAUCCUUUGGAUUUUGCUUCAACCACUGAAAGUGACCAGGCUAAAGACAAUAAAUUUGUCGCCAUGUUGGAGCAUUUCCUUGGAGUCAAAGCUGACAAGAUGCGCUUAUCCGAUGCUUGGGACGCCCAUCCGCCAAAGGAGGCCAACGGGCAAACCCUUGAAGACCACAUGAAGGAGGCUCCCUUUAGCUCCUUUUGCUCUGAUUUUUAUCACGAGUACGAAGACUUCCGCAGUGAUUACAAAAACAAGUUUGGUCGCGAACCCUACGUUGAGGCGACACCUCGUUUUAGAUGGGGCAUCGGCGAAAACGAAACGAAGCAGGACUACAACAUCCACCACGAGCGCAUCGAGGUGUUCAGGAAAUGGUUUGGCGACAACAUCAUGUCGACGCUCGGGGAUUCGGAGACUAUCAUGGUCCUCCCCUUCGGCCCUCAUACAGUGCAGUAUCGCGAUGACUUACCACGACCGCCGACCAGAAUCGACGGCAUUGGCCCCGAAGUCCUCGCGCCUCUUUUAGGACUGCCGCAUCUUGUUAUUCCCUUCGCACAGACAUCCUACCACUCGCGAGUAACCGAUAAAAGCGAGAGUCGUCCGUUUACUGGCUCUAUCAUGGGCCCUCAUGGCAGCGACAUCAUGAUCCUUCAGCUAGCUAAGGCGGCAUUAGGAGGUGCGGAAUGGCGGUCGCGGGUUGAUACUGGGCGUUGGGCGUUCCCUCAAGGGUAUGAACCGGAAUGA